AGUCUCAGCCAAUCAGAGCGUUGGAUUGCAUUAAUCAUCAGCGCAGCCAACGCGAAGCAUCAAACUGCGGCGACCUUGAUUAUUUGUUGUGUGUUUCUUCUUGAUUUCCUUCAUUUUCCUUUUCUUUUCUCUGCAGUUGAGUAAGAUCUGACGACGACGACCUCAACAACAUGACCGAUUACGGUACAGAUCUCCGCACCUGAGAAUGCGUUAGACGCAUAGCGAAAGCAAAUUGCGUCGGUGUGGAUGGACGAUGAAGAGUCGCGUUCGCUGCUGAUGUUAGUGAAAAGUGAGAAUAAUUCUUCGAGUAGAGAGUAAUGGACUCCGCUGCGGGGGAGGAAGCGAACAGGCUGACUGGACGGGCAAUGGUGUGCGAGUGCAUGGACGAGGCGGACACGGUGCCCAACCACCGCUUCCACGUCCACACCUGGGAACUGCUCAUCCUCUUAUUCUCCAUCAGCAGCUACAUCAUCGACUUAUUUUUCGAUGUCAACCUGUCGAGGGUGUUCUUUCAAGAGGGACACAUCACCUACGCAGUCUUGACGUUGCUCUUCGUACUCGUGCCGUCGAUGAUCACGAUUGCACUGAGCGUAAGAUGGUACAUGCAGGAUGAAGCGGGGGAAAUUUCUGAAAAACGAUCAAAAGGGUGCUGGCUACUUAGGUUUUUUGUCAUGAUGUUGCAGUUGGCCCCAGUUUUAAGAUACGCUGACUCGUUUCAUCACGGGUGGAAGUGUCGUAAGGCUGAGAAACAAAAAGACUUUGAAAAUCAAAAGCGGUAUUACAAAAUGAUGCUGAAGGAAGACGCAGACGCCGCCCUGUUGAGGGUGUUUGAAUGCUUUUUGGAGGCUGCGCCUCAACUCGUGCUGCAAUUCACGAUAAUCAUGAUCGAAACCAAAGGGAACACUUAUGAUGACGUGCUGAAUGGUCUUGGAUUGAAGGACGUGCCGCAAGCUCUCUCGAUUAUGACGUCUCUGAUCAGCAUUGCCUGGUCAAUGGCGUCUUACCAACGCUCGAUACGAUUCGCAACGGACCACAAGCUAAAUAUUUCUGUCGCUGGCAGCGCUCUUCAGUUCACCUGGCACAUUUUGAUAGCAGUGUCUCGAAUUUUGGCGUUCAGCAUCGUGGCGUCGCGCUACCCAAUCGCAGUGGGCGUGAUUGUUGCGAUCCACUGCCUGCUGAUGACCGCCUGGCUGACGAUCUGCAAGCCUCCACCAGGCUGCGAAGGCUACACGUACGCGUGGACAGUGGCGUACAGCUGGAUCCUGGGGCUGGUCUAUUUGUUCGUCUACAUCUCGACGAUCCAGGGCCGCACGCGCAACUUCUACCUCAUCUACUACUCGAUAUACUUCGUAGAGAAUCUCGGGCUGAUGGUGUGGUACGCGUUCAGCAUCGGACACGAGCCGCAGCCGUGGUACUACACGCUGGUGAUCGUCGGCGCGUCUGUCAGCUUCUUCGCGGGCAUCGUCACCAUGCUCAUCUACUAUGGCUGGUUCCACCCGACCGCCGAGAAGGGCCCUGACUCACCCAGGGAGCAGUUCCCUAUCUGCCGCAAGAGGGAGCACGCCUCCGACACCACCCUGCAGAUCCAUGACCUCACUGGCAUGGAGGAGGACGACCCCAAACUGGGACAGCAGUGCACCAUCGCUUUCAAACAGUCUCAGGAGGAUCUGGCUGGAUUAGCGUAGACUGAUGAAGAUUCAGUGCGGUAGUUAUUUAUUUGCUAGAGGUCUCAGCAGUCCCUAUUCUUUGUCCAAGUGGUGUUUUUUUAUCUAGAACAUCUGGAGGGCUGUGAACUUGAAAAUAACUGGCCAGCAGGGUUGCAUUUUCACCCAACAUAGUUUAUUAUUAAAUGGGCCAGCUUCUUUCUAUCGAUUUCUUGCCCAAGAUGCAAUGAGGUCAUGGGCAAGUAACUGAUUUGAAGGACAAUAUAACCUGCAGGAAAUUGCAGAAAGUGGUAAUAAUUAGAAAUUACUUCAACCCUGUUUGCUGGUAUUUUAAGAUUAAUGUUAACUCGGAUUAAUACCAAUUUCUAACCUAAUUUCUGAGUUAAUCGUCGUCUACAUCAUAGCUUCUAUUAUCGGUGGCUUGGUGGAUUUGGUGGUUGUAAAUUUUUUUAGGCUCUGAUUGCCGCAAAAUCGACUGAAAUUUUGUCUUAAUAUUGAUUUUCAAAUUUUUUGCUUUUAAAAUAUUUUGACCAUUUAAAUCUGUUUUUUCGGACUUAACUUUUAUAUUAUGCAUGUAAGAUUUUGUAAUAAUAUACAUUUUCUUUUUAAUUGUAGCAAAUUUAAGAAAACUUUCAUACCAAAGAAUGUUCAAUUGCCGUAAAAUUCAUUUAUUUCGCUAUUUUAGAAAUCGUCCUGGUCCCGGCAAAAUUGCGUAACUUUCAACAACCAAACGUGAAUUUCCUUGUUGCAAGAAAAGGUCAACAAUCAAUUCGAAAAUGAAAAUUUGAGUGUUUGUUGAACGUUGCAAUUUUGCCGGGACCAGAACGAAAUGUAACAUAAUGUUCAUAAACAUUCCGUAAAAUUUUUCUUCCGAGAUCCACGCUGUCCCUAACAAGCAAAAUUUGGAAUUUUAAGUGAUUUUUUCCAAAUCUAUGAAGAAACUCGCAAAACUAUAAUCUUUAUUGUUUUACAACGGCUGAUAGAGCUUGAUUGCAGAUAUCUUGGAGGAAAAACGCUAGCACAUUUUAACUUUCAACUGCCCCAAAUAUUUUUGACUUAUUAGAAAAUCUCUGAAAUACUCGUUUAUAGACUACUUAAUUUGGACAAAGUACACACACGCAAACCUCCGGUCGGAAUGUUGCGUGUCUUCUUAAAGAGGAAUGAUACUGGAAAAGCCUGGAAAAUGCUAGUUGCCAAUGCAUAACCUCGCCCUUUAGGAUUCAGUUAAAGCCUAAAUUAACCUAAGGAGCGCUGUAAUUUUUUGAGAAAAUUGGCUGGAAAGUUACCGUGCUUUUUAAGUGGCAAUUGGUGUCUCCUUACUUGAGAUCCGAUUUAAUUUCAAAACCAAGAGUUUGCCCAAUAAGUGGCUUACACCGUUGAACAGAUCUCGACGAGAGGAAUCGGAAUAUGCCAAGAAAAUAUGUUCGAGCAUUGUAAAUUUUGGAGAAAAUUGGCAAAAUUUGAAUUUUUAUUGUAGGAAGGUCCUUUUUUAUUAUUGCAAAUUGUUGAACAAAUUGUUAAUCGAUCAAUUGUUUAUGGCAUCCAACAAUUUAAAUAAUUUUCAAUUGUUGCCCAGUGUCAUUCCACUUUAAACACUACCUAACUUUACUCCAACAAUAUUUAUAACUGCUAUGUCAAAAUCUCAUGGUUGAGACCUUUAUUUUUUUCCAACUAAAAAUGUAUCAAUAAUGUAUAAUUAUGUGUCAAAAAAGAGAGCGGCCAUUACAUUGUAACAUCAUCACAGCUAAGGAUAAUUCGAUUUUUGCAGUAAUUUUUGGGAUGCUUGACGGAUUCUUUAGUUGCCCUUAUUGAUAUUUAAGAAUCAUGGCAACACAAAUAAUGGAGUGUUCUGCGGAACAUAAGCUGAUGACUUCACAUUGCACUGUUUGCUCUCUUUGUCCAAGGCUUGAUGGAUAAUUCCAUUUCUAAAAAUUCCAACGGCCCUUUUUUUAUCAAACAUCCAUAUAUAUUUCAAAGGUCUCUUCCAGCUUCCAGCCACAUUCAGAAAUUUCAUUCAUAUUUCGCUUGAAAAAAAUCCCUUGCCAGCCGCCAGUCGAAUUUGCUGUCUGAGACCUCUACUACGUGUACAGUUCUUGCACUAUGUGGGCAUCGCAUUCCUUGCCAUCACCAGCAAACCUUUGGCUCGGCGAGAACCAAAUUUGCUUUGUUGCUAGUCUGCCUGAGCACGUCGUGACUGAACUGGUCCAACUGUUCGAUGCCUUCACACAUCACCCGUACAAUUAACUUAUUAAUGCUGUGAUCAUGGAUGGUAGAGAUGGAACCACUUCUCCUGCUUGUACCUAUUUCUUUUACUUCUGUCCAACGCACAAACGUUAACCACUUCAUUCCUUGCAAAGAUCUUUCAAUAGAUCUUAUACUUAUACAUAUAAAAUUGUUUCUCUACUCUAUCUCACUAAAUCUUAAAAUCUCUACCUAUUCAACGUGUCUGAUGUAUAAUAGUGUAAAUUAAUAUACGGUGCAGUUUUCUGCUCCCUGUAUUUUGUACUAAUUGUAAAUCGUAGUAGUUAUGAAAAUCUCAAUUUUUCAAACUGUCCAUAAAAUUGGAACUGCUAACUGCUAUCUCAAUGCAUGAACAAGUGAUGAUCCUAAUUGUUAGUAGAAUUAAGUCUUAAAAUGCAGUAAUCUUGUACUGAUACUAUUUACAACCUGUCUAUUUUGGAAAGAAAUCUUGUAAUAUUUUGUAGACUAAAUAUUAUAAACAUGUUUCGAUCAAACUA